AUGUCUACUUCCGCAACUUCAAGAUACUCUUCUUUGGACGAAAACUUAAACCUUAAUGAGAACGAUUCCAUAAUUCCUCUUAGACAGAAUAUAGAUGGUCAAAGGAGGGUUUUCAAAAAAGGCAGAGUCGAAUACUUUUGGUCCGUUCCAUGCGAAACAUGGUCUAUUCAGCAUUUUAAAUCCUGGUCCGCCGAUAACUUUGACUAUAUUGAGAGAAAUGAGGAAUACACGAUAUUUUACAAUACUUUAUAUAUUUUUCGUGAUGAUUCGGUAACCUCACAAGGGAUUCUUGAAGUUGUUAAAAAUAUUUUACGUAAGAAAAAGGUUAGUGGAAAAAAAAUUCGCAAACCUUUAUCUGAUACUUCUAACCAACAAGAAGUGGAAGAGGUACUGGAACCUUUCGAAUCAGAUUUGUCAGCUUUUCCUGGUCCUGUAGUUGGAAAACGAAGUAUCGACAAUGUUUCGGAUAUGUAUGUAGAUAUCCCAUUGCGGAAUGAUGGAUCUACAGACAUUUUGGAGAUUUUAAAGAUCGCAAUUUGUGAAUUCGACCAAGGUACAAUAGCGCUAGGUUCCUCCCGCUCAUACAAAAGCUCAAACCACUUGUGCGUGGAUUCCAUGCAUUUUGUCAAUGUUCCCAGGGAAAGUACAUAUGAUGCUGAAUUGCACCGGGUCUUAGUAAAUUGGUUGAGAAAGAUUCAUGGUUAUGAAAUUACUGGUCAGUGGCAUCUCGAACAAGUUGGUGAUGAUGGCGACUUCCAUAACCUUUAUUGCGACCUAACUAUAAAAAAACCUGAUAGUCUCCACCUGGAAGCUCUUCUUGAAUUCUUGGCUACAGCAUCAAUUUCAAAACUAAACGAACAUUUCGAGCAAGUGUUUAAGUAUAUAAAACAACUUCAUUCUAAAGAAAUUUGGAUCGUACACUUCUCUCGUGAAGAUUCUGUUGUAACUAAUCCAUACUGGCCAUCUGAAAAGCUUCAGGAAAAGGGAUUAAAUGUUGUCCAUUUCUGGCAUGAUAGGGAGUUUAAAAAUGUGAGGAUGAGUGCUAGAUUUCGGGAUGUCACUGGAAAGUUCUGCGAAAUUAUAGAUGAACAAAUUCUUUCAUAG